AGGUUUCAUAAUCCUCCCCUACAGUUACGGCUAGGCAAAUGUCGGUACUCAGGCCCGUUGGUCGGUCGCUUCUGGGCCGCCAGAUCCUCUCGACACCUGUGCGCCCUACAGUUCCAGCAUUGCUACUAAAUAAUAGGUCACUUUUCACCCCCACUCCGGGGCAGAAGCGAUCCAGCUUCAAGUCAUUUGUUGCGAGGUGGGCUGUGGCGGGUGGUUUGAUUUACGCGUAUGCUACUUCUAAUGUUUUUGCUGAUGAGCCUAAAUUCCCCCAGGAUGAGCUGAAGACUAUACCCCCCGAAGACCAGGACCGCCCAAAGUCAUUGCUACCCGAGAAGGGAGGGAAGUUGGGAAGGCGGCAGAGGUCGGACGCUGAGGAUGAUGGGCUCUUGACCGCGGAUGAGGCCCGAGGAGGACCGGAGGAUUUGGAGGCUGAGGCGGGACAAGAGGGGGCCUUUGAUCCGGAGACUGGAGAGAUUAAUUGGGAUUGCCCUUGUCUUGGUGGAAUGGCUCAUGGUCCUUGUGGGGAAGAGUUCAAAACUGCUUUUAGUUGCUUCGUUUUUUCGAAGGAAGAUCCUAAAGGCGUGGAUUGUAUUGAAAGGUUUAGGGAUAUGCAAACUUGCUUCCAAAAGGUGAACUGCUCAUUCAUGGGCUAA